AUGCAGCAGGCCUUCGCUCACAAGAAGGAGUUUGGCGGUGAUGCUGUGAGAUCCAGCACUGACACCUCCAGGUGGUCCACUCCCCCCAGACUGCGAUGUGACUCCAGUAGAUCAUACUACACAUCUGACUUUGGAGAUCAGGAUGACACGGUUAUGGACAAGGCCCCGGAAGUCAUGAUAUCAGAAAAGUGGCCGGGAUCAAACACAUGCGGAAGAAAAAAAGGUAAAAAAGCACAAGGGCCCAACAAGCAAAAGACAAAAUACACUGCAAACAGCCAUUUCCCGAAGUUGCCUCCAAUCAAGCCCCUGCAAGUUUCAAAUCCGGGAGUCCUGUCUACCGACUUGAACUGCAUCAGGGAGCUGAAGAGCCAGGUGUGGGAUCUGCAGCAGCAGCUGAGUGAAGCCAGGACUGAGAACAAGCUGCUGAAGAGGCUCCAGCAUCGCCACACGGUGGCACUGCAGCACUUCCAAGACUCUGAGGGCAGCCUCUCCACGAUCCUCACAAACCACAGCAACGAGGCCCGAGUCCUGCAGGGGUUGCUCCGGGAGACCCGCGCCUGCCGUGACAAUCUGGCAAGGCAGCUCCAAACCACAGAAAACAAGUUGCUAAGCACAAAGUCCAGUCUCCAGCGCCUCCAGCUGCUCAGUCAGGAUCACAGCCUGCUUGAGAGAGAAGAACUCACCUUCAGGCUGACCAGGGCCUCUGCAGAGCUGGAGGACAAGGACAAGAGGAUACUGGACUUGGAGAAGAAUCUUGAAUUGUGCCAAGCCUCAUUCAAUCGUCAAAUAGUCACUGAACAAAGAAAGAUCACCGAGGCAAGAAAGAUAUCCUGCUACCUGCAAGAGCAAAUAUAUCAGCUAAACAAGGAAAUUCAAGAUAGAGAGAGAGAAUUGGAAACACACAAUAUUUACUCCCACAGGUACUUAAAAGGACCUUCCAAAAAAGUCAGUAAAAGCAAGAUGGUUCAAACUGAUGGAAUAGUCCUUCUCCCCACUGCGGCUGUGAGUGUUUUGGCGUUGGAACAUACGGAGACUGAGGAGAAACGGGAAGAGAAGGAGAGCUCUGUGAACUGGUGUUGUUACAAUCCAGUGCAGGAGUAUUUGGUAACAGAAAAUCCAGAGAAAGAGGAUUCUGCAAAUGUCUCAUUAGAAGAGAAUCACGAAGAGGAAACUGGGACGUGUGCAGACACCAGUGAGCAGAGGAAUUGUUCAGAAGACAGCCCAGAAUAUCAAACAGAGGAAGAGUGUGCCGAAGUAAAAGAGGCGCCAACGGCCCCACAGGUGUUGGAAGAAGGGCAGAAAACAGAGGAACAUGAGAGCGAGACGUCAUUCAUUUCGGAACAGUCGCCGAAUUUGACUGAACCCAAGAAAAAAGGAUCAAAGGUCCCCAAAAACAGACUCAAUUACACCUUCAAACAAUCCACUGAGAACAUGCACAGUGGAAGGCCUGCCUACAGCAGAGGGGAAUCGAGUCCCCGUCGAAGCGACAAGAGCCCAAUCACAGCGGAGCUCAUCAGCAGUGGGAUUCAAGAACUUUGUCCUACAGCUGAAAAAUCAAGGAAAGGUGAAGUAGGAAGCGCUCAGGGUGAGUAA